AAUCUCCGUUGACACUUCCCUUGACUUCCCCCAGCAGCUUCGUUCCCUUCCACCAUAACAUCGCUCGCGCUUCCUCCCUCUCGGAGAAUCCAAUUCCCUCCCGCGCUUUUCGCCUCGCCGCCCGCCGCCCGCCGCCGCCGGACCGCCGCCAACUCCGGUGACCAUGUCCUGCUCGCCGGAGGCCGCUUGCCCUGCCGUCCGCCCCGUCACCAUCUCCUACUCCGACAUCAAGGACAGGGAUGCUGAUCUGUCGCUGAAGAUAGAGCAAGGAUUUGGACCGAACGGCCUCGGGAUCAUAUCGAUUUCGGACGUUCCUGGAUACCUAUCAUUGCGUCAAAGUCUUCUGCAUCUUUCGCCAAGAUUGGCCAACCUUCCUGAGGAGACGAAGAAAGAACUUGAAGAUCCCAGUAGCAGGUAUAAUUAUGGGUGGAGCCAUGGCAAGGAGAAGCUUGAAUCUGGGAAACCAGAUAUGUUGAAAGGCUCCUUCUAUGCAAAUCCACUUCUGGAUGUACCUACUAUGGAGGAAUCUUUGAUUACGCAUUAUCCAUCAUAUUGCGGAUCAAAUAUAUGGCCUACCAGGGCACUACCAGAACUUGAACUAGCAUUCAAAGCUCUUGCAAAGCUGAUCCUUGACAUUGGUUUGAUGGUGGCUUAUCACUGCGACCAAUAUGUUGCAAAAGGGAUGAAAAAGCAAAGUGAUGAAGGCCUGGAGCAGACACUUUCUCGAUCUCGCUGCCAUAAAGGUCGCUUGCUGUAUUAUUUCCCAGCAAAAGAUAGUACAAGUAAACAAGAUAAUGAUCCUAUGUCAUCUUGGUGUGGAUGGCACACAGAUCAUGGUUCUCUAACAGGCCUUACCUGUGCAAUUUUUAUGAGAGAUGGAGUUGAAGUGCCUUGUCCCGACAGUGCUGCUGGCCUUUACAUUAGAACACGAACCGAGCAAAUUGUCAAAGUGGUUUAUGAAGAUGACGAGAUAGGUUAUCAAAUUGGUGAAACCACUGAAAUACUUUCUAGAGGUUAUCUUUGUGCAACUCCACAUUGUGUCCGGGCACCUAAGGGGGAAGCAGCUUUUGGAGUUGACAGAUCUACUUUUGCACUAUUUAUGCAGCCAGACUGGGAUGAAAAGCUCAAUUUUCCUGAAGAACUGCACAUUCAUAAAGAGCUUAUCUCGUCGAGGAGUGCUCUCACUUUUGGAGAAUACUCGGAGCUGCUUCUCGACAAGUAUUAUCACUUGAGGACAUAGGAUUGUUCCCUGACGACGCUUGAACACUAGAAAAUCUGAAUAUUGUCACACACAACGGCUCGUGAAAGCUGAGAAUACCAGGCCUAGGACAAAAAACAAAAUAAGCAAACUUGAUAUUCUGAUGUUGCCGAGGUGUUGGAACGAAAUUGACUAGAGUUGACAAAAGGCAAUGACAGAGAGACGGCCCUAACUAGGAUCAGAUAGAUGUCAGUUUGGUAGAUUUCCUUCUCGUUGUCCAAAAUGGUUAAUCUGAUGGGGACGGUCGUCAUAAGAAGAGGCGGUAUCUGACCGUCGAUGAUGAUCUGGAACAAACUUCGGGUUGAUUAAGAACUUUCGUCUAGUUUCUGGGCUAAUCCAAAGUGAACUGGCCAAUGCUCGUGUCCGUCUCUUUUCCGCCUCCUGUUUUUGUCGACUCUACUAUACCGAUCUCAUGCCUCUUCCAUCGUGUGAAAUCAUUAGGCAUCUUUGAAUGUCGAUGUGAACUCUUCAUAAGGACAGUGUGCACUGUCUCCUCCGUCACAUGCUUCAGCUCCUCUCCUAUCGCACACACAUCACAUGCUUCAUUGCCAUCAAGAAGGCAAAAGCGUUUUCCUCUUCCUCAAAUCUCUGUAAGCCGGCCCACAUUUCCUCUCGAGGACCGAUCCCAAAACUACGGUUGUGUUUUGUCCUUAAAAAUUUCUAGACCAAACAUCGAUCCGUCUGUCGUACCCACCCACACACAUGGGACUGAUCUCGAUCGGGCGAAAGCCGAAAAGCAUGUAUAGGAAAACCGACAGAUCAUUCCAGUUCGAUUUGAUUCGCUCCAUUCUCGUUUCAGUCCCAGCCAGCUCUUUGGUUAAGGUCGGAGGGACGUAUCUGAACCAAACUCAUCCAUUUAGUUCGACUUUCGGACAUAAUCGCCCUGUUUUCAUCUAGUUUUCACGUGUUAAGGUGUCUGUUCAUACUAUCUAUAGCUACUUGGUUGCUUGUGUUUGUAUUUAAUUUUACCAAUUAUAUUUGGAGAGAAAGAAACUCAGAUGCUAAUUUUCCAAAUCGGUCCCAUACGCCAAACUCCAUCAGAUCAUUCAACGAUUUCAGACAUCCAAUUUUCUGCCUUACUUUCUUCCGUUUGAUGCUGAAACAUUGGGUCGAGAAGACUUUUCAUCCCUCGACUGAUGAGAGAUGUGGAAUUGUGUCCUUAAGUUUUUCUCUUUUUUAACUACAAAGUUUACAAUCAAGGGCUCUAAUUUAUGUU